AUGACACAUGCAUUUCUCCAGUCGGAAUUGGCGAGCCUCAUAUCAGACUCGAAACGAAGACACAAUGACGUGCGCGCCGCUGCCGAGCAGUCGCUCACUGACCUCAGAUCGAUCUCAGUGACAUCUGAAACUCAGCUGGCUGGCGACCUUUGCCGACGGCCACAAUUCAUUGAACCCUUUAUUCUUGCUUGCCGAUCCAAAAACACCAAGCUAGCAACCACCGGAACCGCCUGUAUCCAGAGACUGACUGCAAGCAAUGCACUCGCUCGGACGAGGCUUCUCGACAUCCUAGACGCUUUCCGCGAUGGACUUGCUGCAGGCUAUGAGCCUCAACUGAAAACUCUGCAGACUCUGCCUUCUUUGCUGCAGCUCUAUGCCGAAGAGAUCCACGGCGACCUUCUUGCAACUGUUCUAGAACUAUGUGCAUCUCUCCAAUCCAGCCGGACCGCCGCUGUGAGCAAUACAGCUGCGGCAACCUUCCAACAGUUAGUCUCGGCGGUGUUUGAAAAGGCUGUGCACAGAGGAAGUCUUGGGUUGUCGCGUGACCGCGACGGUGAGGACGUCUCAAAUGAAGAUCUAAGAACUCCUGCUGUGGACGACGCAAUCAGGCUCUUCGAGGACUUUUGUCUGCUACUCGAUCACCAGAAACCCCAAUACUUAAAAGUGGAAAGUCUUCCUCCUGGCUUUCUGCUCGAAACUCUACAGACUAUCCUGACAGCUUACGACUCGCUUCUCACAUCUGAAAAACUUCGCGAUCAGAAAUGGCCCGAGAACCUCAUGCACGGCCUGUCGCGUGUCUUGGCCAGAAAGGAUGCUUUUGGCAUGACCUCGCGUGCUCUGUCUAUUUUGCUCCUGGUAAUACAAGCUCGCGCCGAGGACCUCCGAGAUCAAGUGGCACAGAUGACCCCCCUGCUCAUUGGCACAUUGGAGAAGGACGGCAACCCACAAUGGAAACGUGCUCUUUUCCUCGAGUUCUUCCGUUCCCUCUGUUCCGACUUCAGCGUUUUCCGGGAAACAUUCCGCCUGUUUGACAAGGGAAAAGACUCAGUCAAGCUAGUAGGCCAACUCAUGUCCACAUUAGUCCGUAUCGCAGCAGAAGAUCCGUCAUUGAUCGGGCUUGGGCGGCAGUCUACCGUCCCUGUGCAGCGUGUAACCGACCCAAAGAGUGAAGAGGCAGCAUCAAUUGAAGCGCAGGGUCUGGGCGGUGCCAUCACCUCCGUGACCUCGAGUGAUGCAAGCGUUACUGGGAUAAGCACCGAUUGGAGUGUGGUGGCUGUCCCGCUCAUGGAUCAACCCGAAAAGCACAGCCCGCCCACGAUCCCGAGCACUUACAUAUACACUCUCGUUCUGGGUUGUAUCUCACAUUUAUGUGAUGGUCUGUCAAAGUUCAUCAUGCCACUUAGUGUCCCGAGUCGAGCUUCGCAACGAGAGUCUUCAGAAAUGGGCCGCAGAGAUAGCUCUGCCACGGAUCGAACAGACGACGAAACAGCACGGAGAUCCGUUCGACCAACAUCGUCCUCUCAGAAAUACCAACGACUCAUAAAUCCUCUGACCUUGACAAACCAUCGACUCUUCGCCCAGAUUCGCACCUCCGCAGAACUCAUCGAAGCCUGCUGGCCUGCGGCGCUUGCCACUUGCUCAACAUUCCUCAAUGCCGCCCUGGACUCUGAGUUCUACCACAUGUUAAUCCGAUCUGUUCAGAAACUAGCUCAGGUCUCCGGCGUGCUCGAGCUCUCCACACCCAGAGAUGCUUUGCUCACGACUUUGGCAAAAGCCUCCAUCCCGUCCAAUGCGAGCAGUUUCAUAGCGGCCUCUCAAAACAUCAAGUCGACUCGAAUUGCAAAUGCUGAACAUGGGAUUCUCAAUGACGCGCUAAAAUCCCCAACUGAAGCACCACCGACACCUACCUUCCAGGUCAGCAGUUCACCGCUCAAUGUCAGGCAUCUGCUUUGUCUUCGAGCUUUGUUGAACCUGGGUAUCGCCCUUGGCCCGACGCUGGAGGAAGAUGCUUGGUUCAUCCUUAUCGAAACCAUGCAAACGGUUGACGCUCUGAUCGCAAUGCCGAAUGCAAUGGCGCCGACCUCACAGGCAGGAAGUCCGAGAAUGAGUGUUUCUGGUAAUGACGGUCAGACAACGCUUUCUACCGAAAUAGCUGCUGUUCAGGCUGCAACAAAGAGGAUGCUUGAGAGCACACGAAGUUUCAGCACCGAUUCCUUUGCCGUGAUCGUGCACGCCUUGUUCCGCUUGCUUGGGCAGAGUGAGACAGAGAGCGAUUCACAAUCUCCAGAGCAAAGUCUUGCUGCUCCCAUUUCACCCACUCAUCUGGGGGCUCCAAGGCCAGCACAACACGUUUCCCGGAGUGUAUCCGGUUUAUGGACAAAGUCAAAAACUCUGGAUCUCGAGAUCGGGUUCGUUCUCAACAAACUCAGUGACUUGUCGCGCAUCAAUAUAUACCGGUUCGCAUCCUCCUCAGAUCAAUCUUGUUCCUGGGAUCUAAUUGCAAACCGUUUGCUGCGGGUCUCUCAGGAUACAAGCGUUGCUGGUAAUCAUCGAAUACAAUCUGCCAGUAUUCUGGACUUGAUCUCUAUGGAGACGGUGAAGCUCCUGGAUGACACGCGGUUCGAAGUCGGCGAAGCAGACACCAUUAGAUCCCGUUGCUUGCGAUCGCUCCUCCAGCAGUUAGAGUCCUUUGGUGAGACUCCGGGUCGGAGGUAUGAUGGUGUCGAGCUGGAAAUCCAUAAAAGACUUCUCGAUGCUCUAGAAAGCAUGCUCAGUCACAGCGGAGAGUCUUUGAACAACUGCUGGCCUAUAGCACUCGAAAUACUGUCAAUAUCAUUCGCAAAAAGGGGCCAGGCACAGCCACUGCCUGCUGAGGCAUCAACGGAACAAGCCGACAUGCAUAUACAGACUGCCCAGAUACUAAGGGUUGCAUUCAGAUCUAUACAACUAAUCACCUCGGACUUCCUCGGUGUUCUCGAUCCCAAUUCACUUGCAAAGUUGGCCCAACUUCUGCGACAGUUUGGCUCUCAAGAUUAUGACUUGAACGUGGCACUGACAAGCACGACUGUUCUGUGGAGUCUCGCGUCUCAGGCUUUGUCAAGGAUUGAGACCAUCGAUCUCACUUCCAUGCCCACACUGGAGAGCCGGACAGAAUUAAUCGCCUUAGACUCCAAGUCCUCUUCUGGCACUAUCUGGAGCGUUAUCCUGCUGCAGAUGAUCGAAUUGUGCAAAGAUGAGCGUGCAGAUGUUCGAAAUGCAGCCAUUAAAGUCCUCUUAAAGAUGCUUGAUGCGUCGGGCGAGGCUCUAAGCCCAAAUACAUGGGCAAUUAUGCUCGAAGCUGGUCUAUUGGACACCAUUCGAUUUUGCAUUACGCAGUAUGCUGCAGACAAGAGUGACCAGAGCGAAUGGAUGGCUUCAGUGGCGCAACUGACCCAGGGCAUCAUUCAAAUCAUAUCUCAGAAUCUAACAGUGAUCGCCAGACAUGAUGACUUCAGAAACACAUGGCUUCGCACUAUGGACGUUUUGAAGUCUCUGUUAAGCACAAGCUCGCUGGCUGCGUCUUGGUUGGCUUUCUCGAAUCUGUCGAAAGUUCUUUCAGCGCUAUCGGUUUUAGAGAAUGCCGACGAAGAGCUGAUUGUGUCUCCAAUGCAACUAUGGGCAGACUACCAUCCUGCUAAGAUCGGUCGAGGCUCUCAAUCUCAUCGCACGCCCGGUGAAGAAUCGCCAAAUCAACAAGCCCUCACCUCCCAUGCCAAUGUCUUUGUUGAAGCGUACAGGACCAGGCCUGUCGCCGUUUCGAAUUAUAUGCAAGGUCAAGCUCCUGUGCUAAUGGAUUCCAUCGAGUCAGGGGUACUGUUGUGUAUGCAUCCUCCCUACACGAAUGAUAUUAAAGCUCUGGCACCGGAACAAAAGGAGGCUUUGCAGUGCACGGCCAUACUGAAAUCUCUCUUGCAAGACCAAGUGUCGGAAUAUUCUCAAUUCUUACUUAGAAUGCUGAGUCUCACUCUAAACGUCCAGGGAGGAAAAGUCGGUUCCCAGCAGAAAAAGUCGGCUAUAUCGAAAUCCGCGCAGAAGCCAACGUUCAUUGCCUUUGCGUCCACAUGUUUGGAUAACUUCCGGAAUUUGAUUCUGGAGUAUGCAGAGGAUGGAGAUUUCGUCCACACCCUAGCCGUGCAAAAGGCAUGCCAAGUACUCUCCGCUAUCAUCAACACGAAAUACACGAAGAUCCCCACAAACAGUCAAGCACCGUUAUGGAGAAAUGCUACCGUCACCACAGUGGUCAUGCUCGAAGCCUUGCAGAAGCAUGUGCGCCACAGUUGGUUACGGUCGGUGGGUGCUUCUCAUCUGGAUGGUUUAGCAUCAGACAUCACCUCGACCGCCGUCAAUAUCCUCAGCUCUGGUGGUCUGUCCAAUCCUCCCGGCCCAGAGAACACCGAAGAAACAAUCCUCGAUGACGAAACGUUCGACAUCAAUCACUUCCAACUCCUACAUGAGGCCAUCGUCCCCAUUUUCCAGUAUUCACAAGAAGUCAAAGAGGACGCCUGCAGGGGAUAUGCAACUGUCCUCUUCGAGGCUUCACUGCUCGCGAAACCCUGGUUCUACGAUAUGCCAGACGAUCUCAAGAAUGAACCCUUGAAGGGCUUGUUACAGACGAGACCUGGCAGUGUCCACCGACCUGUCUUUGCCGUGAGACGGAGGAUUUGCUACACAGCGCUGGAUGCGCUGUUUGGGCUCGUAUCGUGGCAGCAGGAAUCUACCCAAACAGGCGGUGACCGAAGGGAUAUUAAUACCAAGGACGAUGAUUCCAAGUUGGCAUGUGCAGCAGCUCCUUACCUCAUCCUGCGCGUGGCGCACCCAUGCAAGACGUUUCUAGCGGACCAGCGACUGCGAGGUCUCACUCCGCCGCCAGAGGCCCGGCAAGUGGAAUUGCAGGUCGUACUCUCCAAAUUUGUCGAGUUGAGAAGCGACGGCCGGGCCAUCGCCAGAAUAAUGACGCCGGUUGACGAUGGGAGCGAGAAACCUCCUCCAACAAACGGACCUCCAGUACCUUCUAAUGGAAGUGUCAUGCCUAUGCGGAGCUCCGGGGUGGAUGACGACGGCAAAUCCCACCUCCGCAUCCUCUACGGCUUAAUGCUGCGUCUCCACAAGUUCUGGCAGGGUCUGCCGAGAUUAAAAGGUCCCGGGGCGCGGGCGUGGCAGGACGAUGAGCCGGGAAAGGCGAUCGAAGCGGCUCUGGAGAGCUGGGCGAGAAUCGUGGGCGAGGAGUGGGGUUUCCGGUCAGGGGUUUUGAAUAAAUAG